UGCUUUUUUUCUGUUCCCUGUUGUGUAAUAAGAAUUCAGAAAAUUGCUGCGGGCGACCGGGUCGAUAGGAACAUUUUGUGUCUUUUCUAAUUCUGAUUUGUUAUGGCAUGUUCUCGUAAAUUACUGCCUUCCCUAUUUGUGAAUUCAUUAACCAAACGCUCUUUCAUGAUGUCUUCUAAACUGAGGGCCGAAGAAGUUCUUGAUGAUAUCAAGACGAAGAACCCAUACUUCGAGAAGUAUGCUUCCAAAAUAGCAGCUCUACAAAAAACCUCACCCGAAGAGUUUGUCGAACGAAUGGAAAAGUUUGCUACGGUUAAGGAAGCAAAGCAAAAGAAGGAGACACGUGAUUACUCUGAGCUAUUGAAUCCAAAGAAGCCUGUCGCGGAGGUGCCAUCAGAAAUUCCCCACAAGAGACUAUCUGAUAUCAUGAAGCUGGAACUUGUGCAAGAUAAAUCUGCAGACGAAUUAAAACAGAUAUGGUACGAGUAUCACAAAACCAAGGAUGUGAUCGCUGCGACUCUUACAGUCGAACAAUAUGAUACAUUAAUGACUCGGGCAAAGCUACAUCCCAUUUUCAUCCUCCCUCUGCCUCGGAGUGAAGGAUUUGAAUUUAUUUUGCUGCAAUUUUCUGCCAAUACUGUUCAUUUUACACCUCUUCUUGCUUAUCAGAUUCACGCUGAGAAUGCACCGGAAUGCCUCAACAUUGUCCAUUAUACGGAAGUUAAAGACAAAGGCUUAGUGCUGAUGCGUGGUGAAUAUGAUAGCAAAGUUCUUACCGGUCAGGAAGCACAGUGUUUAGCCAAUGAGCUUCAAAUGUUCUAUUGUAUGCAAGACGAGGCUAAGUUAAAUGUUCUGGAGACAUUCACCAAACAACCAGAUAGUUUCAAACACAUGGAUCUUAUCAAACAAGUUGAAGAAAUUCAAUUGAAAUAAAAUGUUGAUACCCUGAAAUACGGAAA